CACUGCAUUCAUUCAAUUUAUUCUCAGAAAAGCUGAAAAUGUGACAGCGAAAAUAAAGAGGUAGAUAAACGCAGUUAAAGUUAUACAGGAGCAUCAUCCCUGCCCCAUGAGCAGCGAGCUGGGCUUUCUGCCUGCCAUGUACUCAUUCCCUGGCUUAAUCAAUGUCCCUGAAAUGGGGAUCAAUAUUGGCCCUGCAAAUACCRGUCAACACCUGCCGGGAGUGUCGCCCCCAAGCACGAGUUGGGAGAGAAGAUGCCUGAGAAAGCACAGGAGGAGAACAGAUGACGAAGGAUGCAGUGCCAAAAAGAGGAGGCUGAUGGGAGAUGCAGGAUGUGAUCCUUUGGAUGACCUCAGCCAUAAUGUGUGUCAGAUCUGGCCACCAGGCAACAACGGCCRCCCUCUACCUGAAUCAGCCAGCCAAGCACCUCCACAGCACUGCCUGGGGACUCAGAARCUGGGGCUGCCCAUAUCCGGGUCUCCCUCCCGUCUGGUCUGUCCAGAAGCAGAAGGCUCCUGCAUCGAGGUYGAGUCUGCUCAUAGAAGACUGCAGGAGAUUGAGGAAAGGAUCAGUCUGGAGGAUGAUGAUGAUGAUGAUGACCUGGAUGUGGAGCCUGCACCCAGGCGGCCAGUGCUGGUGAUGUCUGACAGUCUGAGGGAGGGGCUUCAGCGUGGCAUCAGUGACAUUCUCCCCCACACUGUGGCCCAGUCUGUGAGCCAAUCCUGUAUGGAGCUGGUAGUAUGGCGCCUCCCAGAGAAUGCGCUGGCUCGAAAGCUGAAAGACUCCCUGCAGAGGAAGCUGCAGACUACCAGCAGGCAACCCCCGACCCCCAGUGCCCCUACCCCUCAGACUCCCCUCACAAACCCCCCCGGGGAGACGUACUCCCCUCUGUACUGCAGCCCAGUGGCCGGGGCCCACAGCUCUGGAGAGGAGGACAUGGAGCUGUAGGGCUUUUGAGACCCAGCAUCAGGAAUGCCCAGAGUAGCUACAGGUCUCAGCCUUGGUUCACUUGGUUYGACCCUCAGAGAAGCCAUGGAGAGYCAGAAAAAACUGCAUAGACAGAUCCAAAAGCUUCACAGUGACAUGAACGUCUGCUUUGGAUCAAGACCAGGCUGUUGGGCAGCAUGGCACAUGUAUACCACUUGGCCAAAAGAGGGCAAGUACCCACUUUCUUUGUGCUACAGUUAGAUAAUACUGGAUUUAAAGAGCAACUGCCUCUAAAAAACAACUUCUCAUUUAGAAAACAGCCCUGUGUGUCAUCAAUAUGAGUCAAACAUUUAUUAUACAGUCAAAAUUGACUACAAAGUGUAAAUAAACUGAGUCUCGUCCAAAAUAGA